GAUUUGCCAUUCCCAAACUUGGCCCAAUGCAGGAGGCCGUGAGGAAGAGGAAGAUGUCCCGGGAGCCCCAGGCAGGUGAGGAGGAAGUCAGUGCCCCUUUCCCCCUCUGUCCUGCUCCAUCUCCCAGCCCAGCACGGCCCCUGGCUGCAGGACAACCCUGCUGCCAAAGCUGUCCUGCUGGGGAUGCACUGGGGGGAUCUCCUUGCCCUUCCCUGUGGCACGGAGGCAAAUCCCAUCCUCUCCUUGUCCUUCCUUCCCCAGACCAGGAGCUGAGGAUGGAGACCAGGGAGGACAAAUCCCCACAGCAGAACCUUGUGGAAGAGCCUGUUUUGAGCGGCUCCACAGCACAGGAAUCCAAUGGGGAGGAAAAGCCCCGGACAUCAGGCACAAGGAGAGGCUGCAGACACAGAUCACAGGGAUCUGAGGGGGAAAGACCCACCCGAGGCUUGGGAGGCGGCCGGAGCUCAGAGCUGGGAGCAACUUCAAGAUGAGGAGAAGCCCCACAAGUGCUUGGAAUGUGGGAAGAGCUUCAGCCAGGGCUUCAAUCUCCUCACCCACCUUUGGGUGCACACGGGGGAGCGGCACUGGGAGUGUAGGGAAUAUGGCAAGAGGUACAGGCACAGCUCCCACCUCUACCACCAGCAGGUGCACACCACAGAACAGCCCUACACGUGCUUGGAAUGUGGGAAGAGCUUCAGUGUUCGAUCCACUCUGACCUCCCACCAGAAGGUCCACACUGGGGAACAGCCCCACGAGUGUUCCGAGUGUGGGAAAAAGGCUCGGAGCAGUUUGGAUCUCCUCAAGCACAGCACACCAGUGUCCCGAGUGUGGGAAUACCUUCAGGCACAGCUGUAGCUCGACCCAACACAAACAGAGCCACCACUAAGAGAAGCCCUGAGAGUGCCCUGAGUGCGGGAAGAGCUUCCUGUGCUGCUCCAGCUCCAAGCCCCAUGGGAGGAUCCACGCUGGAUGGUCCCCAGUGACCCCCGGUGGGCAGAGCCCGGUGAUCCAUGUUGGGAAGGCACCUGCCUGCGGGCUCCACAUCCUCCUGGGUCCCCAUGGCCUGGGUUUUCUUUUCAUUUCUCUUUGUCCCUUCAAAACACCCAAAACUGGAGUAAAAAAAUAAAGACAUUGAACGGAGA